AAUAAGCAUUCAAAAUGAUCAUAAUAGUUAGAGCAAAAUUGGUGUUUGUAUUUACGUUGCUUGUGAUUGGUCAAUGGAGAGUUGAAUGUGGAAAUAGACAAGCUAUCGACUGGUCACUUUACCAAAGAGUUCAAACCCUUCCAAUUGGAAUAAUCCAAAAUAAAAAUCUGAAUAAAUACAUGAAUUUAUCGGCGUCUUCGACCAACGACAACAAAGCGUUUAUCAAUGACCGUACCAAGGUCAAACGAUCAUACAACACUGAACGAUGCAUCAAAGAUUUGAGAACGAUUCAGGAAGCGUCUAGUGAUGAAAAACCUAAUUGGGCGAAUAAAAUGUUGGGCGCAUGGGGCAAGGUUUCAUCUGCAGGAAUUGAUAAAGAUUUUGGAAACUUUGAUCGAUGUUUCGAUUUAAAAGUGAACAAAUCGAUGAAAAUCGAAACUCAAUACUGUUUGGCCGGAAUUAAUACAGGGAUGUCCAAUCUGAAAAAAAUUGUGCCCAUUUUGUCAGAAGUGGGCAUUUGUAUUCCGAGUUCUUGUGCGCCGUCACUUAUAGCGGCCAUAUUGAAUGAUUAUUUAGACUCAAAUAAAACUGUCGAUAUAAGUAUUGGCCCAACCGACUGCCGUUUGAAAAAUGACAACACAACACUUUUUUUGAGCUAUAAAAUAUUUAUUGCAUUUCUAACAACGGUACUUGGUUUGGUGAUUUUGAGUUCGAUUUAUGAUAUUACAUACACUGUACGAGAAGAGCCGAAAAACCCAGUGUUGCUGGCCUUUUCAGCGUACACAAAUGGGAAGAAUCUGUUUGCAUGCAAAGCAAAUCAGUCACCCAAUGUAAUGCCAUGUUUGGAUGGUAUACGAGCAAUCGCUGCAUUAUGCAUAGUAUCAAUACAUUUCGAAGUAUUAAUUAAUCCAAUAAUUGGAAACACGGAGCACGAUGCACCUGUUGCUGACAAAAUUGGAGAGAUUUUUAUUAAUGGUCGUUUUAGUGUGGAUACAUUUUUCGUCUUGAGUGCAUUCCUCGCGGCUAAUAAAAUGCUCAACGAACAUUCAAAAAAUGGCCGACUGAACAUUCCUCUGUUAUACUUGCAACGCGUUCUACGCUUGUCUCCAGUGACGAUAGUCAUAGCACUUUUCAGCCGAUUUUUAUUACAAUUCUGUGCAAAUGGACCGGAAUAUAAUCAUUAUCUUGAUUUUAAAAGACAGGAUUGUGAAAUUGCAAUGUGGGACUCAUUAUUGUAUAUAGAUAAUAUUCGAUUGAAACAGUGUGUUCCUGGAGCCUGGUAUCUGGCUGCGGAUAUGCAAUUGUAUCUCUUGACACCAUUUUUGGUGCUGCUAUUGCAACGUUAUCCAAAACGAUUCAUGGGCUUUUCGUUUGCGAUCGUUUCAAUUGAUCUUAUUUUGUCAUUGAAUAAGGAAUUUUUUGGUUUGGGAGGAUACGACAAAUAUUUCACAACACGAUCUCGCAUCACACCAUGGUUGAUUGGAGUCAAUUUUGCUUAUGUUUUGUUGCAAAUGCGUUCAACAAAACCUAUUCGUAUACCGAAGCUUUUGAAUAGUCUUCUAUUGACUGGUUCAGUGUGUGCACUUCUGUGGUUCACACAUACAUAUAGAAAUGUAGACUUCUUAUGGGAGACAAGAGCUUGGUGGUCAUUAUCUCUUUGCUAUAUCAUAUUUUCAUGCGUAACUGGUCAGGGCGGUGUCAUUAAUUGGUUUUUAUCGCAUCCACGUUGGCAACCGAUAUCACGAUUAAGCUUCAGUAUAUAUCUGAUUCAUGUAUUGGUAAUCAUUAUUAUAUAUGCUAACCAAAAAGUGCCAUGGUGUUUUUCGACCAUUACACAGGUGCAAGAGCUGUUUUUGGUUGUAUCCAGCGCUUGUGCCGUAGCUGUUGUGUUAGCAUUGACAGUUGAAAUGCCGAUAAUAAAUCUAAGUCACAUUUUCUUAAACAAAAAUAAUGAUGUUAAGAAAUGCACCGAAAUUGUUUCAGAUGCAGUUGCAAUUUGUCAAGCUGAUGACAUUUCAUUACAAGAUAAACUUUGAGUAAUGGUGGUGCCAUGAGCUAGGGUAUUAUUUCGUAUUAAAAUUUCGGUAUUUCACGUGUUGACCGCAAUUUUUGUGAAAACAUGUCAUCACCUUGCUAUUUGUUGGAUGUCAUGUUUUCUAAAAAAUCAAUAAAAAUCAUGAUUUUAUUCAAAUUGGUAAUGUAAGAAUAUUUCGUUUUCUUUAUCCGUCGGAAUAAAUAUUGAGUUAACGAUACUCUGAACCAUCCUCACUUAUUCAACAUGAAAAACUUAGCUAUUCAAACUUAUUA